ACCCAGCCCCUGCCUUCCAAGGCAGGAUAUUCUUCUCUCUCCAAGCCUUUUUCUGCCAGGGAGGUUCUGGGACCCACUGUUGCCGUGGCAGAGACUGUUUCUGUGUCUGAGACAUACCCAGCUUUGCCAAAAUCCUUCUCUGUCUUUAGAUUCCUCCACCAGAUUCCUCGCACUGACCAGUGGGAUUUCUGGGCACAGGUACUUUAUUCCUGAAAAUGAUAUUCAACCUGGCAGCCACUCCCAGAGAGCUGGCCAUUUCUCUUAUAAUUUUGAUGACGGUUUUUAUUUUUGUAAGAGCACUCAGGAGCAAGGGCAGAAAGCAGGUGUCUCCUCCUGGCCCACCGUCCUUCCCCAUCAUAGGAAAUCUUCUCCAGCUUGGAGAUCAUCCUUACCUUACAUUCAUGGAGAUGAGGAAGAAAUACGGAGAUGUCUUUCUCCUCAAACUUGGCAUGGUGCCUGUCGUGGUGGUGAAUGGAGUGGAAAUGGUGAAGCAAGUGCUACUGAAGGAUGGAGAGCAGUUUGCAGGCAGACCUAACAUGCACACAUUUUCUUUCCUGGCAGAAGGAAAGAGUCUUUCAUUUUCAGUGAACUAUGGAGAGAGUUGGAAGGCUCAUAAAAAAAUUGCCUCUAAUGCUUUACGAACUUUUUCUAAAGCGGAAGCAAAAUCCUCCACUUGCUCUUGUUUACUUGAGGAACAUGUCACCGAGGAAGCUUCUGAGCUGGUGAAAGUCUUUGUAGACUUGACUUCCAAGAAUGGCAGCUUUGAGCCCAGAAGUGCCAUCACCUGUGCGGUGGCCAACGUUGUCUGUGCCCUUUGUUUUGGCAAGAGAUAUGACCACAGUGAUGAGGAGUUUCUUAGGAUAGUUAAAACAAAUGAUGACUUACUCAAGGCCUCUAGUAUAGCUAAUCCUGCUGAUUUUAUACCAUGUUUCCGCUACCUUCCACUGCGGAUUAUAAAUGCUCCCCGGGAGUUUUAUCAGGCCCUGAAUCAGUUUAUUGGAAAACAUGUACAAGAUCAUCUUACCACAUAUGAUAAGGACCAUAUCCGAGACAUUACUGAUGCUCUGAUUAAUACAUGCCACAACAAAUACGCUGCUACCAAAACAGCCACUUUAAAUGAUGAUCAAAUCAUAAGCACCGUGAGUGACCUCUUUGGAGCUGGGUUUGAAACAGUAUCAACGUGUCUCUAUUGGAGCUUUCUUUAUUUGAUACACUAUCCAGAUAUUCAAGCCAAAAUUCAAGAAGAAAUUGGUAGAAACAUUGGGCUGAGACCACCCAGAUUUGAAGACAGGAAAUUUUUACCCUACACAGAAGCUUUCAUAAAUGAAGUAUUCAGACAUGUCUCCUUUAUUCCUUUGACUAUUCCACAUUGUACUACAGCAGACACUACUCUGAAUGGCUAUUUCAUUCCCAGGAAAACUUGCAUCUUUAUUAACAUGUAUCAAGUAAACCAUGAUGAAACUAUUUGGGAUACUCCCAACUUAUUUAGACCUGAGAGAUUUCUAAAUGAAAACAGAGAACUGAAUAAAAGUCUUGUUGAGAAAGUUUUGAUAUUUGGAAUGGGAAUCCGGAAAUGUCUGGGAGAAGAUGUUGCACGAAAUGAGAUAUUCAUUUUCAUCACCACUGUUCUGCAGCAGCUCAAGCUGAAAAAGUGCCCCAGCGUUGAGCUUGACCUGACGCCUACGUAUGGGUUAACCAUGAAGCCAAAACCGUACCAACUCCAGGCAGAACUUCACCCCUUACGUAGUUUGUCUACUUAGAUUCUCAGACUGAGAGGAAGGUUUCUUAUUUAAUUCAAACUCAGUUCUACUAUGAGAUCUAUUGUCUUGUGAGAAUAUCUUAAAAUAAUAAUGAAGUGUGAUAUAAAUCAAGGGGUUUAAAUCCUAAUCUCUCAAUAGAUGGUAGUAUCAGAAGAACCAGAAUUGAGCGUUUAUAAUCUGCAUUUUUACCAGUAUACAUAUAGUGGAUUUUGAAAUGUUUUAUUCAGACUAUAUACAAACUUAAUUUGUUUUGAUACAUAAAGGUGAAUGGUUUUCAAUAUAUCAAAAAAUAAAUAAUUAAAAGAAAGAAAGAAACCAAAGAGCCAUGUCGUGGUGUCCAGGUGUCACUGUGGGCGUGAGUGCCAGGGCAAGAUAAGUGACAGGCUAAGUGAGCAAGCAAGGGGACUCUGUCUGCCUUCCCUUCACACCAGCUUCAAAUAGACAGGUGUAUUCAUCUUUGUUUUAAAUAUAGGGUUCAGAAUAAGAACAAGGUUCUGAUGCAAAAUGCAUUAUUUUCAGUGAUCUAAGAUAUAGGUUCUCAAGAGAGCCGGAGAAGGGAGCUAGAGUGACCUAGAACAGCAGAGAGCAUUACAUGGUGGCAAUAGUUGAGCUGGGCUAGAUUUAGAGAGGUAGAGAAAAGGCCAUGAGAAAGCAUCUCCUCAAAGUCCAUUUUUUGUAUAGGCUCUUACAUUUUCUGCCUUAAGAACUUAUUUUCAGGGCAAAUUGGUAUUUCCACAAUGCUACCCAUUUAUUUUGGUACUUACUAAAUACACAUGUAUAUUGUUUUUUUUUAGGACUGCCAUAAUAACAAAAUACCAGAGGCUAGGUGGCACAUUCUUUGGGGAACAUAUAUACACAUUUCUGUUGACCAUAUAAAUAUAGGAGUGAAAAUACUGAGUCGCAAACAUUUGUUCAUUCAACUUUUGAACUGCCAGCUAGAUUUUCAGCACGAUUGUACUAAUUUAUACUCCCACCAGCACCAGCAACAUAAAAGAGAUGUCUGGUGAUUUCAUAUCUUCUUUAACAUUUGGCAUUUUCUGUCUUUUUCAUUUUAGAUACUUUGGUGUUGUAAACAUACCCUAUUAAAGAGACAGACCAUGAGAAACACCCCUGACCUAUUACCUUAAGUGAACUUGAUUUGCGCAGUGUUAGCUAGUUUAUUCCCUCUUAAUGAAAUGCAUCUGGGACAGAUCGAGUGCAUUCAUGCACUGAAGUCCUUCAAAUGUGAAUGAUCUCCUGUUCCACGUUCCACCACAUACAAAUGAUCUCAGCUCACAGUUACCAUGGCCUCCUGAGAGAGAGAGACUUCUUUUUUCUAAUUUCCUUUGGUAGUGAUACUACAGAAUUUUCUCCAUUAAUCAGAACAAACUCUACUUUUAAGAUACAUUUCAGUUAUGACCAUGUCUACAUUUUGUUUAUAAUUUAGGGGCAGUCUAAAAGUGGUUAUUUACGUGUGUUUAUCCUGCGACAUGCCUCUAUUAUAGUUUUUGGAAUUUUAUUUUUCAUUGCCAUGGCUGAGACUGAAAAACAGCAUGUUUUCCUCAUUGCAUCACAUUUCUAAAAUUCCUUCUUGGUCAAAGUGCAAGUCUGUUGAUCCUUAUAAACUUCUGUCUUUCUGGUGAGAAAAGAAGAUCCAGGAGGGCACAUUUUGAGAAUGUAUUAAUUAAUUUCCAUUGCCUUUGUGUUUCCUUUGCUUUAUUAAACUCUUCAUCUUUUCCAACGAAUACCAUUCUGCUUAUUAUUUACUUAUUUUUAAAAUAAAGAAUUGGAGUGAUUUCUCAUGCUUUU